AUGCGUGGUAUAAUCCUACGUCGUCUCCAUCCUUCAACCAAGUACCCUGUCGCUCGGUAUCCAUUCGCGCGACCAUUCUCCACACACUCAGAACCACAGAAAGCUUCAUCCUUUUGGACCCUUACAUUUACACUCGCUGUCGUUGGAGGAGGCGCUUGGAUCCAGGAGAAAUACUUCAAUUCCAAAGACAUAAUCACUUCGCAGCCCAAUUUCCCUCAAAAACCCUCCCUCGGAGGACUCGAUAUCCUCGCGACGAUGCCUGCCGAACCUGCCCCCGGAGCACUCGGGAACCUCACUCCCGAGCAAGAAAUCAAGCUGAAGGAAUUCUGGGUUCUUGCACUCAAAGUAUUCGGCCUCACACUCGAAGGACUUGAAACCCCCCCGUCCACCGCCUCCAGCGAUGCCGCAACACCCACCCCAAUCCAGGAAAAGAGGAAGUCCAAGAGUCGAUGGGGAAUCUGGAGCCGUACCGACAACGAAGACACGAAGAGCGGUUCCAGUAGUGGUGUCGCUUCCAGUGUAUCUUCCAUCAGUGUCAUCGACAGCGACGACAAAUACGGCCAGUCCAAGGAGUUCAAACAGGCGCUGGAGGACAUGAAGCCCGAGGAGAUCCGGACAGCGUUCUGGAGCAUGGUGAAGGGCGAUAAUCCAGACUCGUUGCUUCUACGAUUCCUGCGUGCGCGCAAGUGGGACACUAAGAAGGCGCUUGUUAUGUUGAUUUCCACGAUGCGCUGGCGACUGCUGGAAAUGCAUGUCGAUGACGAUAUCAUGUUCAACGGCGAGGCGUCGGCUGUGAAGAUGUCGCAGGGCUCUGAUCCCAAGGAAAAGAAGAAGGGUAAUGACUUCCUCGCGCAGAUGCGUAUGGGUAAGAGUUUCCUACACGGCCUUGACCGCGGUGGUCGGCCCAUCUGCGUUGUUCGUGUACGCCUGCACAAGGCUGGCGAUCAGGACAAUGAAGGGUUGGAGCGGUUCACUGUUUAUACCAUUGAGACUGCACGUUUAUUGCUUGUGCCUCCGAUCGAGACUGCGACUAUCAUCUUUGACAUGACGGACUUCGGGAUGGCCAACAUGGACUACACCCCCGUGAAAUUCAUGAUCAAGUGCUUUGAAGCCAACUAUCCCGAGUGUCUCGGAGCAGUGCUCAUCCACAAGGCCCCUUGGGUAUUCUCAAGCAUCUGGACCGUGAUCAAGGGCUGGCUCGACCCAGUCGUCGCCUCGAAGAUCCACUUCACAAAGAACCGCCAGGAUCUCGAAAAAUACAUCCACCCCAGUCAAAUCAUGAAGGAGCUCGAAGGCGAUGAAGACUGGGAAUACAAAUACGUCGAGGUCUCGGAGGACGAGAACCCCAAGAUGGCCGACAAGGAGACCCGAGAGACCUUGAUGGCCGAGCGCCAAAAGCUCGCCAAGGAGAUCCAGGAUACCACCGUUGAGUGGAUCUGCGCCAGCUCCAAGAAGGAGACUGGCGCUGCCUCUGUUGCCGAGGAGAAGCGGAAGGACUUGAUUGAGCAGCUGCGUACGCAUUACUGGGUUCUUGACCCAUAUGUCCGUGCUCGCUCGCUCUACGACAGAGUCAAUGUCGUUCAGAGCGACGGGACGAUUAACUUCUAUCCUGUCCCGAAGAAGGAGGCAGAGAGCACGUCGGCAUGA